AUGGAAAAAUUUUCACAAACUGGAUUACAAACGCAAGGCGUUAGUUUUCAAGGAAAAUCUUUAAAAUUAAACACGGAAAAUGACUGCGAAGAAGUCGUUAAUAAAAUAAAAGAAUGUACAAAUCUGGAGUUUUUAAAUUUAGAAGGAAAUACUGUUGGAGUAGAUGCCGCCAAAGCCAUAUCAAAAGCAUUAGAAUCAAAAAGUGAAUUAAAGAGAGCCAUUUGGAAAGACAUGUUUACAGGACGAAUGAAAGAAGAAAUUCCAAAAGCUUUGGAAUUCCUUGGAAAUGGUUUGACAUUAGCUAAUGCUCAAUUAACAGAAUUAGAUUUAAGUGAUAAUGCAUUCGGACCGAUUGGAGUGAGCGGUUUGGGAAGUUUAUUAAGUAGUCCUGCUUGCUAUCAACUCCAAGUUUUAAAGCUCAAUAAUAAUGGUUUAGGUAUAUCUGGUGGAAAAAUGCUUGCCAAAGCAUUACUUAAAUGUCAUAAAAAUAGUUCAAAAGAUGGAAAGGCUUUAUCUUUAAAAUUAAUACAAAUAGGAAGAAACAGAUUAGAAAAUGCCGGAGCUGUAGCUUUGGCGGAAGUAUUUCAAACCUUGGGUAGCUUAGAAGAAAUAUCAAUGUAUCAAAAUGGAAUUUAUCAUGAGGGAAUAAAAGCUCUGAGCGAAUCGUUUAAAAAAAAUUCUAAUUUACGUUUGAUAGAUUUAAAUGACAAUACGAUAACGCUAAAAGGUGCAAAACACAUUGCCAAUGCUCUUCCACAUUUACAAAAAUUAAAAGUUUUAAAUUUUGAUGAUUGCUUGCUUAGAACUGAUGGGGCUACAGUACUCGCAGAUGCUCUGACAGAGAAACAUAUGAAUUUAGAAGAACUCUAUUUGGGAAAUAAUGAAAUUAGAAUAGAAAGUGGAUUGGCUAUAGCGAAAGCUAUAAAAAACAAAAGUCAAAUGAAAAAACUUAAUGUUAAUGGAAAUCAAUUUGGGUCUGUUGGUACGACCAAAUUAAAAGAAGAAUUAACUAAAAUGGAAAAAAUUCAAGUUUUGGAAACAAUGAGUGAUGAUGAAAGUUUUAAUGGAGAUGACGAUGAUGAAAAUAGAGAUAGCGAAAAUAGCCAGGAAGAAGAAGAUGAUGAUGAUGAUGAUGAGGAAGAAGAAAAUGGAGAUGGCGAAGGGGAAAACGAAAACAAAGUUAAUAAUGAAACAAAACAAAAUGGUUUUACAUUUAAAAAAUCAUUUGAAACUCAAAAACCUGGUGGCGAUUCAUUUAUUCUAAGCCUUGAUGGAUUAUCGAUAAAAGCAAGGCCGACAGGAUCUUUAAAAACAUUUGUAGAUAAUCCUACUGAAGUUAAUUUUAAAAAUAUAACAGAAAAUCAAGUUAACGAAUUUAUAAAUAGUAAUCAGGAUAAUUCAGUUGCUUUUUACACUGAGGCAUUUAUCCCUCUCUUAGUUAAAAUUUCAUCAUUUAGUUGUUCGGAUAAUGAAAAUGUUAAAAAUUUGAGCGUGAAAAUUUCACAAAAUCUGUACAAAAAUUUAUUCGAUUGGGCAUCACGUAAAAAAUGUUUACCAAUUGUUAACAACACAUUGUUUGUUUAUUUUAAUUUGAUUAAGAGCGAAGAUAAAAGCUUUAAAGUUAACUGGGAUCUUAAGGGUUGUUUUGAAGCAUUGAAUUUGGCUAUUUCCAGUGGUUGCGUUCCAAAUGAAACUCAAGAUGUUCUGAAAGCAUUAAGAGAUAAAAAAUCGAUUAAAGAUGACAAUAAAGAAAUAACAAUUUCAUAA